CUCUCGCAGUAACUUCUGUUCAGUUUGUACGUGUCCAAUUUCCUGCUCCCAGACGCAAAGGCAUUUCAAGAAGUUAUGACGUUAAAAUUACGGAAAUUCAAAAAAAGUACAAAGAACUCCAGAAAUUAUUACAUCCUGAUAAAUAUAGUACCAAAUCUGAGAAAGAAAAGCAACUUUCUGAGAACUUAUCAUCAUUAGUAAAUAAAGCUUAUACUACAUUAAUACAUCCUCUAAAAAGAGGACUAUAUAUGUUAAAAUUAAAUGGCAUAACAAUAUCAGAAGAAACAGAUAGCUUAAACGCAGAAUUUUUAAUGAAAAUUAUGGAAAAAAAUGAAGAAAUAGAGGAAGCUACAAAUAAUGUAGAGAAGAUAAAGAAGCUAGUACAAGAUAAUGAAAUUAUCCUAAAUAAUUUAGCAAAGAAAAUAGCGGAUGCAUUUAGACAAGAAGAUAUUGAAAAAGCAAAAUCUUUUCUCGUACAAAUGAAAUAUUAUGAUAGCAUAAAUAAUAGAUUAAAAAAAUUAAAACAUGAUCUAGGUAUAAUAGAAUAAACAAUUUUUAAAUAUAAAACAUUUGUACUAUAAUAUAUACAUUAAUUUUUGUGUAUAAAUGUAUGACAUAUAAUUGUUAGCGCGAAAAGUAUAUUGUCAUCUAUUUAUUACUUAGAAAUGUAAAUAUUUUAUUUCUUCUGUUAGUAUUUUUACUAAUUAACAUUUUAAUAAUAUUGAAUCAUUCUCUUUUGUGUACUA